CCGCGCGUCGGUGAAGCGCGCCCGUCGUCGACGCGCGCGCGACGCGCGCGCGGGAGACGCGAAACGAACGACGCGCGCGAGGCGAUCGCGCGCGCGGCGAACGACGCGCGAUGGACCUGGACGCCGCGUUCGAUGACGAUCAAACGCGCGCGCUCGCGGAGCUCGAAAACGCGCCGCUCGACGACGUCCUGGCGCGGGCGCGCAUGCUCGAGCACGAGCUCCGCGUGCUGCGCGAUGAGAGCAAUCGCCUGAACCUGGAGUGCCAGGGCGAGCGAGAGCGGGUGAAGGACAACGAGGAGAAGAUCAAGCUGAAUAAGCAGCUGCCGUACUUGGUGGGGAACGUGGUGGAACUCUUGGACUUGGCGCCGGAGGAAGAGGAGCUGGAGGAUCAAGCGACGGCGGACGUGGACGCGCAGCGACGAGGGAAGGCGGUGGUGCUGAAGACGACGACGAGGCAGACGAUAUUCUUGCCCGUGGUCGGGUUGGUGGACGCGGAGACGCUGAAACCGGGGGACUUGGUGGGGGUGAAUAAGGAUUCGUAUUUGAUUUUGGACACGCUUCCGGCGGAGUACGAUUCGCGAGUGAAGGCGAUGGAGGUGGACGAGAAGCCGACGGAUGAUUACACCGACAUAGGGGGGCUUGAGAAACAAAUUCGGGAGAUGCGGGAAGCCAUCGUGUUGCCGAUGACGCACGCGGCCAAGUUCGCGAAACUCGGUAUUCGACCGCCGAAAGGGGUGCUUUUGUACGGACCGCCCGGGACGGGAAAGACGUUGAUCGCGCGAGCGUGCGCGGCGCAGACGAACGCGGCGUAUCUCAAGCUCGCGGGGCCGCUGUUGGUGCAAAUGUUCAUCGGCGACGGCGCAAAGUUGGUGCGAGACGCGUUCGCGUUGGCCAAGGAAAAGUCGCCAGCCAUCAUCUUCAUCGAUGAGAUCGACGCCAUCGGGACCAAGCGUUUCGAUUCCGACACCAACGGUGAUCGCGAAGUCCAGCGCACGAUGUUAGAGCUCCUUAAUCAGCUCGAUGGGUUCUCGAGCGACGAUAGAAUCAAAAUCAUCGCCGCCACGAACCGAGCCGAUAUUCUCGAUCCCGCGCUCAUGCGCUCCGGUCGACUCGACCGUAAGAUCGAGUUCCCUCAUCCGAACGAAGAUGCUCGAGCGCAAAUCAUGAAGAUCCACUCCCGCAAGAUGAACGUUAACCCCGAGGUGAACUUUGACGAGCUCGCUCGCGGCACCGAAGAUUUCAACGGCGCCCAGCUCAAAGCCGUGUGCGUCGAAGCCGGCAUGCUCGCCCUCCGUCGCGACGGCACGGAGAUCACGCACGAAGAUUUUAACGAGGGUAUCAUCCAAGUUCAGGCUAAGAAGAAGGCUGACUUGUUUUACUACGCCUAGUUAGCG